CUAUCCAAUUCCUAAUGGGUAUAUAGUUCGUGUAGAGGUUUAUGGUGUGGAUUUGAUCGCUAAAACUCAGUAUAAUUCUUGUGAAAAGCUUAUAUAUACAAUUACUUGGAAUAGUUACGAUAGAAAACAACAGUCAAUUUCAAGUAAUAAAUCAGCUAAAUGUUUAAAAAGAUGUCGAAACCAGGAUCAAACAUUUUUUAAAACUCAAUCACGAAAAAAACUAUUUCACGAACUUCAAUCUGAAUCACAAAAAAAUAAGCAUCUCAAAACCUUGGCUUAUAAUAUUCGUGAUAGAAUUAAGUCUGCAGUUCAAUUACAUAACUUUCACAAUACUGUAUUAAAAUCUAUAAAAUUAAAUAUAAAUGAUUUAUAUGUUAAUUUUCAAAACUUAAACUCUGAAAAUUCUCAAUCAGAUCAAUUUUUAGAUUCGAUUGCUUGUGCCUGUGACAAGUCAUUAAUUUCUUGUGAUGCAUAUCGUCAGCUUGUAGCUAUCAUGCCAGAAAUAGUGUGUGAAUAUAAAAUUGAAAAAUGUCGACAAGAGAUAACAAGAAUUAUGAAUCAGAUGAUUCCAAUUCACAUGAUUCAAGUUAAUUUUGUAACUUCGAAUAGAGCUUAUAGAUUACUUAUGAAUAUUUUAUUUGUUAUAAUUUCUAAAUUAACAGAUGAAAAACCAGCAGUGUUACAAGUAGGAGACGUUAUUCAUAUUAAAUUAAGUGGAGAUAAGCAACAAGCCAAAAAACACCAUAAUCAA